AAACGCGAGAGUCGUCUGGCCUACAAGAAGGCCCUAUUAGCCAAGAAACUGACGGGUCUGAGAGCGAAGCUGUAUCACCAGCGACGCCAUAAGGAAAAGAUCGAGAUGAAGAAGACGAUCCAAAUGCUCCGAGAAAAACAGAGCAAACAUAGCGAAGGAGAGAUUGUCAAAGACGGCGCUGUACCAGCCUAUCUUUUGGAUCGUCAAAACGUGUCGCGUGCCAAGGUUCUGAGCAACAUGCUUAAGCAGAAGAGAAAGGAAAAAGCUGGAAAAUGGCAAGUUCCGCUUCCCAAAGUCAGAUCGAUCUCCCAAGAUGAAAUGUUUCAAGUCAUUCGAACAGGCAGCAGAAAGGAAAAAGCCUGGAAACGUAUGAUUACCAAAGUGACCUACGUCCCCAAUACGUUCGUCCGCGCGCCACCAAAGUACGAAAGGAUGAUCCGACCUAUGGCAUUGAGAUUCAAAAAAGCCAAUGUCACUCAUCCAGAGCUGAAAGUGACGCUGUGUCUAGAGAUAUUGGGCGUCAAGAAAAACCCCCAAUCCCCUAUGUACACCAAUUUAGGUGUGAUCACAAAGGGAACCAUCAUCGAGGUCAAUGUCGCCGACCUUGGACUGGUCACGCAAACCGGGCACGUCAUUUGGGGAAAAUAUGCUCAGGUUUGUAACAAUCCAGAAAACGACGGCUGUAUCAAUGCCGUCCUUCUUGUCUAAUAUACGUUUUUCUCAAACCCCAGAGAGGGA